AUGUGGUGACAAAUCAACAUAUUUUCCAUUUUGAUCAAUCAAACCCAAAAAUUUAAACCUGUCAAAAUCUUGUCCUGAUGUCCAUGAUGCAAUCAUGCAGCCGCAUGUACACCAUCGAAACUUUUCCGGCCAUCCUUCCAUCGCCCAUAAAAACAAAUGUUGCGUUAAAAUUCGACGGCCCAAGGUUGAAUAAAAACAAGCCCAAACAGCGACCACGUGACAGAUGAACUGUCACCAGCUUCCCUCUCAUCUUUCGUGUAUAUUUGGAAGGAUAAUCAAAAUCUUUAACCACUUUCAAAUACUCCAUAUACAGCCAUUUUCAUUUAUUCUUUUAUAUUCAUUCUUAAAUUUCAUUUUUAGAUUCAUUUAUUGAAAAAGCACAAAUGAAUUUCUCACCUUGUCUGCUCUACUCUGUUUUUCUUCUGUUUUUUCUUCUUCAUUUUCUGCGAGCUAAUGCGAGUCAGUGUGAUGUGUUCACUGGGAGAUGGAUUCGAGAUGAAUCCUAUCCGCUCUAUGAUUCGGCCACGUGUCCUUUCAUAGAGCGGGAGUUCGCUUGCACGAAGAACGGCCGGCCGGAUCUCGAUUACACCAAAUAUAGAUGGCAGCCCCGCGACUGCAAUUUAACGAGAUUCGAUGGGCCGAGUUUCUUGGAAAGGUUUAGAGGGAAAAGCAUAAUGUUCGUGGGAGAUUCUUUAAGCAGAAACCAGUGGCAAUCCUUGACGUGUUUGCUUCACUCUUCAAUGCCCAAUGCUAGCUACAAUUUAUCAAGAGUAGGAGAUGUAUCCAUUUUCACUUUCACGGAUUAUGGAGUGAAAGUGAUGCUUGAUCGCAACGUCUAUCUUGUAGAUAUAGUUCGAGAAAAGAUUGGUAGAGUCUUGAAACUUGAUUCUAUUUUGGGAGGAAAGCUUUGGAAAAAUAUUGAUUUGCUCAUUUUUAAUACAUGGCAUUGGUGGAACCGAAGGGGACCAACUCAACCGUGGGAUUUUAUCCAAAUAAGAAAUAAAACUCUCAAAGACAUGGAUCGUAUGGCUGCUUUUGAAAUGGCUUUAACAACAUGGGGACAAUGGGUUGAGGCUAACAUUGAUUUUAACAAGUCUCAGGUCUUCUUCCAAGGAAUUUCCCCUUCUCAUUACAAUGGCACCCUAUGGAAUGAACCAAGCGCAAAGAGUUGUGUGGGGCAGAAAGAGCCGCUGCUAGGAUCAACAUAUCCGGGUGGGCUGCCACCAGCAGUGGCGGUGCUAAAGAGAGCAUUGAGAAAGAUAAAUAAGCCUGUAACGUUACUGGAUAUAACCAAUCUCUCACUGCUGCGGAUAGAUGGGCAUCCUUCAAUCUAUGGGCUUGGUGGAAGAACAGGGAUGGAUUGUAGCCAUUGGUGCCUUGAAGGUGUUCCAGAUACUUGGAACGAAAUUCUUUACAAUCUUGUUCUUUGAACAACACAAUAUCAACUUUCUUACAUGAUUCAAAAACAAAGAAUCAAUUACAUAAUAAUCUAUUUUUUAGAACACAAAUAAGUUUAUUUA